AUGGCAUCUCAAGUACAUCGGCUUCCCUCCCAACCAUUAUCACAAUUAUUGAAUGAUUCACCUUCAAUUAAACCUUUGAGUACUGGGAUUCAAGCAUUUGAUGAAAUGUUAGAAGGUGGAUUAUAUCCUGGACAAAUAUUUGAAAUUUGUGGGAUUCAAGGAUCAGGAAAAUCAAGUUUAUCAUCACAAUUUGUUAAAAAUUCAUUAAUUGAAGAGAAACAUGUGCUUUGGAUUAGUUCAUUACAAUGUAUACCUAUUGAUACAAUUAAAAAUUAUCUUGGUAUCGAUAAUGAAAACCUAUUAUCAAAUUUAAAUCAUAUACGGCUUGAUUCAAUAAGUGCAUUAUUUAUAUUCAUACAAUCAUUAAAUCUGAAACCCAAUAAAUAUGGAUUAAUAAUUAUUGAUGAUUUUGCAAGUUUAAUAUCAAGAUGUUUUAAUCAAUUUGAAAAUUUAAAUGGUAAGAAUCAAUUACAAGAACAAAAGAAAAACAAAGCAAUUCAAAACAUUUUCAAAUUAUUAUCAACUUAUUGUGCUAUAAAUAAUUGUAUAUGUACAAUAUUUAAUUCUUCUACAACUUUAAAUAUGUCAUUUGUUGAAACUAAAGAAGAUCCAAUAUCUAAUACUCAACAACAACAUCAAGAGAUGAGAAGUUCACAAAGUUUCAUAGGUCCAUUAACACCAAAACCUAAACCAAAAAGAUUAUAUCAACAAAUUUUAGUAUCGCCUUUAGGUGAUCAUCCAAUUUGGUCAUCAUAUUUCAAAUCAAGAUUAAUGUUAUAUAGAGAUUGGGUUACUUCAUCAUCAUCAUUAAAUUCUACUGCAAUUUUUGUUCAUUUUAAACAAAAUAGAUUACAAAGAAGUUCAAACUUAAUCCCUAAAGUUAUAAAAUUUCAAGAAACUUUAAAUGGUAUUAUUGAAGUUGGUAAAAAUGAUCCAAUUUCUUCAAAUGUUUCAAAUUCAUUUACAUUAGAUGAAGGUGAUUUUGGCACGGAUGAUGAAGAAGAUGAAGAAGAGGAGGAAGUCGAUGAGCUAAGAACUACAUAUAUGGAUAAAAAUCCAAUUGUUCUGUUGGAAUCAUCACCUUCAACCCGUCAUAAUGAUAUUAGUACAGCUAAAAAUAUUUUACCUGAUGAUCUGAUAAAUAAUAAGGGAAUUAAUAGUUCAAAUCAGAUAGAUGAUAGAGUUAUAGUGAAUCCAAUGACAACAAAUGAACUGUACAGUGAUGGAAGUGAUAAGGGUGAAGAUGCCGAUGAAACUAUUGAACCAGAAGAUAAUGAAAAUGAAGUCCCAGAACGUGUAAUGGAUACUUCUUCACAAAAAGAUGAUACAAUUACUGUACUGAAUGAAAAAGUGAAUGAAGAAAAUGGCGGGAAUGCAGUUAUUGAUGAUAAUGAUGAUAAUGGUCAAGAAGAAACAAAUGAUGAUGAUGAAAGCUUGACAAUAAGAACUAAUAAUAAUGACCCAAAUGAAGAUAACAUUUCAAACAAAGACAAUGUAAAUGUCAAUGAAGAAGAAGAAGAUGAUGACUCCAUUGAACAACUUGAAGAAGAAGUUUUCAAUAGAGAAUUAAAAGACAAUCAACCUUUAAAAUGUGAAAUAAACUCAUUCACUAUACCCAAUGAACCAUUACCAAUGUCUGAAGAUACAUCAAUAGAAUAUGAAGAAAUUGAAGAUGAAUUAGAAGAAUUAUAUCCUACACAACCUGAAUCAUUACCUAUAGCACAAUUAUCACAAAUUCCAUCACCAAAGGGCUAUAACAACAUGAGAAAGAGGAAAUUUGAUUUAAAUAAUUUAAGUAAUAAUGUUAAAAGAUUAAGAUUACCUUUACAAGAUUCAACAAAUUUAAAUUAUGAUGAUUCUUAUGAAAGUCAAUUAGGUUCAGAUGAGUAUAUACCAGCAAGUGCACCUUAUUUUUGA